UUCCUUACAUUUUAGGUGAGAAAAAAAACGUCAUUUGAUUGAAUCACAGCUCCAGGAAAAAGGACAUUUUUAAGGAAAAUGUUUAAGCCGAGGCUAAAAUCAUAAGUUUUAUUGGUUAAAGUUUAAAAAAUCUCCUUCCAAUUCUUUGAGGAAAUACUGGAAUUUCCAUUAAAAUGGAACUCCCCGAAGUUGUGUCGGUAAAAAAGUUCAAAGAGUUAUCCAGUCAACAAAAGGAUGAAGUCUACGAAACCAUUUUGAAUUUGUCCAGAGUCGUUGAAGAGCUACCCAAGAAAUCCUUACGCAAAACCUUAGAUCUAACUCUGGCCAUUCUGCAGUACAAGGGCCAGCAGGUCAGGGAACUUGAGGCGGAGUUGGAUGAAAAGGAUCGUGGGAGUUUGGAGUCCCACAAUGACCGCUUGGUAGAUGAAAAUGAAAAACUGAAACGCAUGAUUAGCGAUUUGGAGGAUGAGCGUUUGGAAUAUAAAAGGAAAAUUAAAAAGCUCACCGAGGAAAUGUUUUCCAUGCAAAAGAGACUCCAGGAAGCAGCUGCCAAUGCUGAGGGUAGUGACAAAGAUUCUUCCGAUCCCUUAUCCGAACUGGAUAAACAGGAGACUCUGCUGCGCAACAUUAAUACGAAAAACAAACACAUCAAAAGGUUACUACGAGAAAUAGAGUCCCUUCAAAAUCAAAAUAUCGAACAAUCCAAAACGAUAUUGACGCUGGAGAAAGAUUUCCAACACAGCAAGGAGUCGAUAAUGAAACUCAAGGCGGACAUAACUUUGCUGCAAAGUGAGAACUCCGCACACAAGGAGAAUAUUGAGGAAUUGAAUAUUGAAAUAAAAAAGCUCGAGGGGCAGGUCACCUAUUUGGAAGAUGAAAGGGAUAAAAGUGAGGCAGAAGUUAAGGAAUUUAUUGACAAAUUGGAAAAGAAGGCCAUGGCUUGGAAGAAGAUAAUCGAUGAAAAGGAUAAACAGCUACGGAAGCUGAAAGAGCGCAGUGAGCGUUCCGAAGACCUGGAGAGUGCCAAGAGCAGCAGUGAGGAUCAUAAGGAGAGCGUGAACUCAAAUGAGCAGGAAGAGAAAAGCAGAUUGCUGCAUUCUUUGGAAUGCCGCGACAAACUCAUUGAACAGCUGGAAUUGAAAAUUAAAACAAUGGCCGAAGAAAUGAUUGCCUCUACAAAACUGAUGAAUAAAAUCACUGCCGAGCGGGAGCACGAACGCAACCCGAACAAUCCUCGAUCGUGUUGUCGAACCAUUGAAAUGGCUUUGAAAACCAGUAACGAUAAGGUACGAGAACUUACCGAAAUGUUGGAGCGAGCUGAAGAAGAAUGUUGCCUAAAGGCCAAGCAAGCCUUGGAGGCAUGUAAUGCUUUGAGAGCCUAUCAAAAGGGUGAGGAUGGUUUGCUGAAUGCUUUGAGAAAAUGUUCGUCUUUGGAAAAUAAAUUACAGUCCAGAGAUAAACAAAUUCGGGCUUUGGUCAUGGAGCUGAACUCCCUACAUGAAAUUGCCCAAGAGAAUUCGCUGCUGAGAAAACGUCUAAACAUACCGGAGGAUGUGGUUAUUACCACGAAAAAUCUCACCGCAAAAGAGAGAAACAAGGAGAAAAUGAUUGAAAAGCUCACGCUGAAAUUGAGAGCUUCGGAGGAGAUGCGAUUGCAGCUGAAAAUGGAGAAAUGUGAUUUGAGAAAAGAACUACUCGAACUUCAACGCCAGCUGAAUAUCAGCCCCGAAGCUCGCACCCUUUCCGAAAAUCCCACCCUGACUACCACGGAGCCUAAGAUUCUUGAGAAGCCAGAAGAAGUCUCAAAUAUUGGCCUACCCAAAUUCCCCAAAGUUACACCAAAGCGAAAAAAUAGUUCCACCUCUCGAGAAAUCGGAGAGGUGGAAGAUUCCUCGAAUUCCGCCGAGGCAUCCCUUAUGGUCACGGUGUGCUCUCAAUGUAAUGGAAAUAUGAGAAUUGAGUUACAAGAUCAAAAUACUAGGGAAACGGACGUCAAAUAUCAGGAGGCUUUGGAGGAAAAUGAGAUACUGAGGCAGGGAAUGCUGGAGAUUCUGGAGAAAUUAAGGGAAUAUGAUGAUUGUUCGGAUAACAUAACCAUUAGCGAGGUGCUGCUGGAGCGUUUGAUCAGGGCCUUGAGAAUUGAAAAUUCUCCCCUUAAUUCCCCCAAACAUUUGCGGGAUGAGGUGAGAUUACUGAGGGAGAGGGAAAAGGCCCUGGAGGAGAGACUAAUACAGCAUAUUCAACAACAGAACCAGGUGGAGGAAGGAGGUAAAGAAGAGAUCUCGCCGGAUGAAAAUCCUAUUCCCGAAGAUCUCAAUUCCAUGGAAAGUUUACGGGAGGAGGGCGAAAUAAAACCUCUGCAGGAAUCUUCAUCCAUAAAUUUGCCUCAAUACUUGGAUAGCUCCACCAGACCCACAACACCCAAUAAAAGUAUAAAUAUACCCAAUAUACAAACACCCAGAGAACCCCUUUGCACCGAGGCCCAAAGGGACCGCGAAUUGCAGUUGGAGGAAAUGAAAAUCUAUAAAAAAUAUUACGAAGAGCUCCAACUCCACAUGAAUGCCAGCGAUGUGGAGCUGAUGCAAUCGUGUGGUCAACUUACCGAGAAAAUCGUCCACUUGGAAAAGGAUUUGAGCAGGGAAACAAAAAGUUUCGCCUAUAUGCGUCAAGAUUUCGAUACAACUCUGGAAAAUUUGAAAAAUCUUGAACUCCAGGUCAUUGAAAAAGAAGCCAACUACAAAUUGGAAAUAUCCUCCUCGAAAGCCGCCAUUGAAAAAUUGGAACAAGAUUUGGUGUAUUACAAAGCGAAUUACAUUUACACCCACGACGAUUACAAUGAAUUACAAAAAUCUCUACAACAAAGUCAGCUGCUCUUGGCCCAACUGACCAAAGAGGUUUUGUCGGGCCGAUAUGGCAACGAUUUGAAAAUACCCGAUAUGUGUAUGGAUUAUGGUAUCAUACAGGACGAUCUGCAAUUAUCCUUUGUCACACAACAAGAAUUUGAAGACCAACAACAAAAGCUAAAGGAAUUUGAGGCCCAGCGUUUGGAAUGGCAGAGGAAAAAUUCCCAAUUGGAAUCUCUGCUGGAAAUUGCCCAGGAUCAAAUUGGCUCCCAGCAAAAGCUGCUCAAUGACAUUACCGACAAUCACAUUAGCCUGAGGCAUCUGGUGGCCGAUUUACAAAGCUCUACGGAGGAUAAGCUACUGAUGGCCAAGAUUCAAAGGGAUCUGGAGGCAGCCAAAACCGAAAUCAGCAACUUGAAAUAUGAGCGUGAUGCCCUGAAACUUCAAGCCGACUCCCUGCAGCAGGAUCUCAUUAGUCGUGACAAUUUCAACAGGGAACUAGAGAAGAACUUCCAAACCGAACGCCAAAAUAGCAACAUUAAAAUCAAAUUCCUGCAAAAAUCCCUGAAUUGUCUUCGUGAAAAAUAUGCCAAAUUUACACCGCUUGUCUUCCUCACCAAUUUUGUGUUUGCUUAUCAUAAAUUUCUGCAACGAAAUUCCCCCCGAAAUUCUCCCCACAAAGCAAAGGAUAACAAGGAAGACAUUCAAAAAACCAUUGAAGUGGUAAUGGGGGAACUUUUUAGGGAGAAAAUCGAACAAAUGGAGGGAAAUCAGCAGUUGAUUAAGCUUGUCAAAAGUGAAACCCAAUGCCGACUCUAUGAGGAUCAAAUAAAACAACUGGAAAAGAAAUGUGUGGAUUUGGAAAGGGAUCUCAACGAAAUGAAGAUCAAAAUGGCCACGGAGUCGGAACACUGGCAUACAAUACAGGCAUUGUUUGGCAAGGAUACUGCGAAUGAGGAGGAAAAGGAAACUGAAAAAGCCAAUGGAAAUCCGGUGGAAGAAAAAGUCUCAACCAUGGAAAUUGGUUGUAAUACAGAACCUGCGAUAACCUCUCCACCAGUGCCCGCUGAACGAAAACUUUCGGCCAACAAUAAGUCACGAAAGACCUCUAUUGAAAUGGUCGAUAAAAAUCUAUCACCCAUACAAACACCCACCAAGAAAGGUAGGAGCGAAAUGGGAACACAAACUGAAAACACGGAAAAGAAUGUUGAGCCGAAACUUUCAGAGAGUCCUGUUAAAGAGGUGGAGGAGAAAUCAAAGAGUCCUGAAAAGGAAGCCAAUGCAGAUGCUCAUGCCAAGGAGGUAAUAACUACUUGUGAAGUGGAAAUUCAAACUUGUACGAUGCCCACAGUCUCGAAAAUUGUGCAAACCCUGGAAAUAGAAGAAGAACAGAAGGAAAUUAAGGAGACUUCCAAUGGAACACAGCUAGAGGAUGCCUUGAAGAAGUUAAAGAAUACAGAAGAAAGCCUCUCGAAUGCCCAAAAACAAGUAACGGAUUUGGAACAGCAAUUGAAGUCCCUAAAGGAGUCUCAGGAAUCACAAACAUCAACAGCCACUGCUGAACAAGGCAUGCCUAGCUUGCAAUCGGAUGUCAUUGAGAAAACCAUAUUAUCCUUCCACACUCUAUUGAGUGAAAAGGACAAAUCAAUUGGAAAAUAUCAAGACAUCCUACAAACUGAACGGGAGCAGGCCCACCUCAACCUUAGCAAACUAAAUUCUGAAAUCGAUGGCCUCAAGAACACCAUAACCAAUUUAAAUUUCAACAUCAAAACCAAAGAUAUUGAAAUUUUGGAAUUAAAAACCCAAUUGGAAAGUCAAACGGUUCGCCGUAAUUCCAAUGAGAAACUGGAUUUGGCAAGGAAUGCCGCCGGACCCGAAGAAAAUGCCGAUAAUAGUUUGCAUGAAAUGACAGAUGAAAAGAUUGAAGAGUUAUUCGAAGAAAACCUAAGUCCAGCUGGCCAGACAUCACCGAUCAAAUUGCCUUCUCUACAACAGUCUUCGGUACAGGAGAAACAUGAGCUGGAGGGCGUCAAGGAUAUUCCUGAAAAUUAUUCCAAACAGUUAAGAGAGCUAAAAGAAAAGGCCAGCUAUUGGGAGAGCACCCUUAAGGUGAAGGAGGAGGAGAUUGCAAUAUUGCGAGAAAAAAUCCGACUCUUAGAUGAACGCGACAAAGCCACAUCCAAUAGCAAUCCGGAAAUAGAUCAACUAAGAUCCCUUCUCGAAGAAAAAGAUCGCCACAUCAAUGAGCUAAUGGACACCUUGAAUAACUUCCAUGACGAUCAGCAGCGUUACAUCAAUGAAUCGUCCAACUAUUCCGCCGAUCAAAUUGCCAAGCUGGCCAGUGAUUUGACACGCACCGAGGCCACCAAUAAAAUCUAUCAAACCCAGGUGGAGGCUAUGCGCAAACAAUUGGCCAAUUUGGCUCAACGUGAAAAACAGGCACGCGAAUUAAAUCAAUCGCUACGCCAGCAGCUAAUCAAACGUCCCGUGGUUUCGAUUAAAACCGAGCUGAAUGCUCGUGUAAAAAAUGAAAAUCUACAAAAGCGUCUGCAGCAAUUGGAAAUUGAUCUGGAGGAGGCAAGGGCCGAGAUCCAAAGGCAAAGGGUCAUCAUUGAGAGUAAGAGAGCCCGCAGUGCCAAUGAGGUAGGACUGUGGGAGAAACAGAAACGUUGGCAACAGAGUGCUGAGAAAUUCAAGGCUAAGCUGGAGGAGACGGAAGUGAUGUUGGAAAAGACAAGGAGUCUCCUACAAUCCGCCCGCACCACCAUCAAUCGUCUGGAGAAGGACAAACAAAUAUUGGAGGCGAAACUGGGUCGUUUUGCCCAGCAAAAUGUUCAAAAUUCUAUGAAAUGUUGUCGCACACCCUCCUGUCCCAAUUUGCAUCAUCAUGGUUCGCCGGGGCAUACGAAUGGUGGAGGGGGUGGGGCAAAAUAUACUCCCUCCGAAAGUCCUGAAACCUAUACGGGAGCCAGUAGCGAAUGCAGUUCUCCCGGUCGUUGUUCGUCCAUACAACAACCGACCUGUGGAAAAUCUCAUUUCGCCGCCUCGGCCGCUGUCCAAGAUGCCCAUGAUGAAAUUAUACAGGCCUUAAAGACACGCAUUGAAAUGCAGCAGCGCAAAAUCUUGGCCUUAGAGUUGGAGGGUAAAGGUAGCAAUGCCUUGACGACGGAAAUGGAAAAAGUGCAAGAGAAGCUAUCGGCAAUUGAGGCACAAAAUAUACGCCUGGAGGCGAAAAAUUUGCAGUUGCAAUUGGAUAAUGAUCUGCUGAGGCAGGGUGAUGGCACCGAACGUCUGCAAAAGAGAAUUAAACAUUUGGAGGACUACAUCAUUGCCCUUAAAGAAGAAAGAGCUUCCUCCGAGGCACGACGAGAACUCUGCAAAUGCUCGGGUCUCAAGGUCAACAUACAAUCUGGCCAAUCGGCCGAGCACACAAUUAUCUCUUUGCGAAACAUUGUGGAAAAACUAAAGGCUGAGAAUAAAUAUCUGAAAGAUGGAAGGAGAUCAUGUGAAUCUAGGGCUUCCAUUGACACCCCGGCAGCUGAUUCAUCCCGUCUCCAGCAAAUGUAUAGUGAAUCAAUGGAUAAAAUUGCAGCUCUACAAAUGGAAUUGAAACAGCAACACAACAAAUGCCCGCAUUGUGAAAAUAAAAACAAAUCUUCUGACAAUCCAUCCUCCAGCACAUUGAUGAUGUCAUCGCUAUCCCUACAAGAUGAGCUGCGCUAUGUUAAGGAGCAAUUGAUUAAAAAGACUCAGCUGCUGCAAAAGGCCAAGGUGCUGUUGACCCGGGCCGCAGCCAAGGAGAAAGUCCUUAAAGAACAGCUGGCCAUGUGGAAACGUAAAUGUUCGGAAUUGCAAAAUGUGCCAGUGAUUGAUGAAAUAAGUGAAUGAUUUGCUUCAUAUUGAGUUUG